AUGUCGUAUUACUUCACCAUACUGUCACCGACUGAUACGCCUCUAUUCAAUAUUGCGUUUGGCACAUCCAAGGGUGGUGGCGAUGGCAUUGCCCGCUUCCGCUUCCCAGAGACCGCGCAAUACAUGAACCAGUUCAUUAUCCAUUCAAGUCUGGACAUAUUGGAAGAAGCACAGUGGACGAAUGGUUCAAUGUACUUGAAACACAUAGAUACAUAUCCACCAGCGGCAGCCUACAUUACAGCAUUCCUGACACCCAGCGGUGCCCGAUUCCUCCUACUACACCAACCCCCACAUCUCCCCUCGUCAACAAGCACCGGCGGCGGUCUGGGAUCAUCGUCAUUACUGGGAUCAGCGGGAUCGACUACUCGCGCCUCGUCGAGCUCUAUCGCCGCGAACCCUACCUCUCCGCAGACCGAGGAGGCCGUGCGCCAAUUCAUGAACGAAGUCUAUGAAAACUAUGUGAAGACGGCUAUGAACCCUUUCUACAAGCAAGGCAUGGAGAUCAAGAGUCCGGUUUUCAGAACGCGGGUCACUGCCGCUGGUAAAAAAUGGCUUUAG